GAUAACAUGAAUAUCAUAGGAAUCAUGCACUCAUGUCCAGAAGAAUAGGCAGGUCUCGGCCGAUAUGUUUCUGCUCUUCCUGGUUGUGCCGACUCUGCUUGUGGCAGUGGUCUGGCUGUUGCUGUCAAAAACUACUGUGGUGACACUCACCUCGGUAGCUGUGCUGCGCUCGGUGCUUCGCCGGGCCGCAGUUAUUCAGCAAGGGACCGAAUGCGUAAUUGAACAGUGCCCCGGCGGUGUGCUGUUGAAAGAUGCUAAGCUGCCGCAGAACCUGCUGGGCAACACGGGCGGGUCUGUCACCUUCCCUGUCGUGUUCGUCCGCCGGGUGCAGCUGCUGUGGGCAACGCGGACGGCGCCGCUCACCGUGCGAGUGUCGGGGCUCAAAGUGCGCGUGCUGCAGCGCCGCACGCCGCCGCCCAAGGCGCAGUCAGCCGUGUUGGCGCAGCGGCCGCAGGGCAAGCUGAGCGCGCUGGAGGGGCUCAUAUGGGGCAGUCACCAGCACGCGGCUUCCGCAGGGUGGAGGGCGCGUCAGCUGCAGCUGCUUCGGUUCCUGGUGGCGAUAUGCCUGCGUAACGUGGCCGUGGAGGUGGCGGAUGUGAGCAUCCAGUACGUGCAGACUGGCGACCCGGCGCCGGUCAUCCAACGGACUGAUGACGGCUCGGCCGACGCAGUGGGCAUCAGCGUACGCACGCUGACGGUGGCGCCCGUCGUGGUGAAGGCUGCUGCUGCACCGGCUGCGCCGGCACCAAAGGCGACCCCAGAUGCCGGACCCGGGUCUGGUGGUGACGGCGGCACGCGGGUGCUCCAUCGAGCACCGUCCGCUGCGGCGCGGAGGCAGCUGAGACUGUGGCGCUCGUCUUCCUUUUUAGCGCCCAGGUGGCACUUGCUGCAGCAGUGGAUGCACGGCGCCACAUCUCAGGCUGGGGACGUGGCGGAUUGUAACGCCUCGCGGGUGACCGUUGAUGGCGUAAACAUCAUGUUACUUUCCCGGGGCGCGCACGCCGCUGGCCCCGUGUUCACUGGCCAGCCACCGCCGCCACCGGUUCCGGCGGGCCAGCCGGGGCCGUCACUGCAGCAGCUUGACGUGCAGCGCAGGAAGCGUGUCCGGACAAGAACUGCCGCUCGCGCGCAGACGGCAGCCGCCGCGGCGCCGCCGCCUUCAACGCCGGCGGACCGGCUCCUGCCAGCCAACUGGCUGGAGAACGAGCUGGAGUGGGACUACAUGCACUUUGUGGUGCGGCAGUGGAGUAUGGAGGUGGAGGUGUCCCUGGAGGAGCAAGGACAGCUAGCGCAGCGCAUCCGCAACCUGCGGCGUGCACUGCGUGGCGGCAAAAAUGCUGGCCAGCCGCCAGCCAUCCAGGUGCACGGUUCCUUCGGGGUGCGGAGCUCGCGGACUCCGGCACCAGUGCUGCAGCGGACGGCACAGGAGCGUGCGGAGGUUGCGGGUGGGUCUCCCGAAGGCUCCCCGUUCCCCAGCGCCCCGAACCUGCAGGCUCAGGCGGCACAGCAACAGCGUGCUGGUGGCACGGCGUCGCGGCGGCCUCCUCCCAUCGUCACAGACUCAGCAGCUGCAACGCCGCAGCGAGCGGGCACGCAGCGCCAGGGAGGCAGCGGCGGCAACGGUGGCCGGGCGGCUCAGGGUGCCGGAGCUGCGGAAGCCGCGCCCGCGCUGACAGUGCACGUGAAUGUGAUGCUCAAGGCGCUUGUACCUGAGCUGACGCCGGAGUCGAUCGUGCAGUUGCUGCGUGUGGUGGACCGCGUGACCACCUACGAGAACUACCGCAAAUUCUGGCGUGUGCGGCCCGCAGUCAGCGUCACGGAGUCGCCGGUGGCAUGGUGGCAACACGCGGGGCGUGCCAUCAUCAACGACUGCAGGGAGCAUUACCCGGUGCGCAAGCUCAGCGACUUCAUGGCGCGGCGUGCGGAAUACAUCCGCAUCUACAAGGCGUACCGCAGCAUGCACCGUGGAUUUGUCAGCCGGACCCUCAUGCCGCGCUUCGAGCUGAUAGCAAAGAGCGAGCCGGCCAUGCCGCCGGUGUUUCCAGCAGCGGCAGCGCCAACAGCAGCGGCAGCAUCAGCGCCGGCGGCUGCGGCUGCCACAGGCGCCUCAAGGCUGAGCCGGUCCAGUGGGGAUGCGGCUUUUGGGGCUGGGACACAAGCAGAUACCGCAGCCCAGCAGUCGCCACUGCCGCGCAAGCGGCUGCCGCUGCAAGUGCGUAUGUACCAGCGAAAAAACUCGGACCCGGCCACGGCAAAGGCGCUGCACACUCAGCUGCUGCAGCUGGAGUCGCAGCUGACGUUAGGGCAGAUCAUGUGCUACCGGACGUUCGUCGCGCUCUGGCAUUCGCAGUACCUGGCGCGCAACCCGGACAUCAAGGACCGCUGGGAGUCAGCCAUGUCGGUAAUCACGAACUUCGUGGACGCCAUCCCCACCAUGGAGGAGGAGGUCGACCAGGAGGCGAUCGAUGCGCAGGAGGAGGACGGCGGCGCCUCGGAGAAGGCGGCUGCCUCCAUAAUCAGCGUCCGCAUUUUCUGCCCGCGCGUGGGCCUGAAGGUGGUCAACCGCCACGUGGCCACCGCCCCGGCGUCUGCUGUCGGGGUUGGCACGGGGUGGAGCGCGGCCAUGGCGGCUGAGGAGGCGGCGCGGAAGCACCAGAGGCGCACCGCCGACGUGAUGCUGAUCGUGCUGGAGGGCCUGCACUUCCACAUGCCGACCAUGCACCACAUGUCGACAGAGGCUGCCAGCCUGCGCGCCUCCGUGCUGGGCUCUAGCAUCGCAACGGCCACAAAGCACCUGAUGGUGAUACCGGCCUGCCGCGAGAGCCUGGAGCUGCACGGCCCGAAGCUGGACUUCUCCACUGUGCCGCCGCACACCAGCGCGCAGGCCACGUUCGCGUCAGCCGCCACCACGGGCGCCGUGUACCCGGACGCGCCCAUUUCCGAGUACCUGACGCGCAUCAAGGUGCACCUGGCGUCCGUGGAGAUAGCGGCCACGCACUACUCCAUCAUCCUGGCCGCCGUUAAGUUCGGCAUGCGGAUCAUACAGCUGCAGGCGGCCGCCCACAAGGCCGCCGUCGCCCGCCUGGAGGGCUACCGCUGGCCCUCCACCUCAGUGCACGGGCUGGUUAUGGACAGCUACACGCGGAACCGCGUGCCGCUGCCAUCCUCCAUGGCCAGCUUCAUGCCCAAGCUACAGCUGUUCUGCCCCAUGAUCUCGCUGCGGACGCUCAUCACGCCCCACUUGUCGCCCAGUGUUGGCGGCGUGUCCUCGCGCUACUCGGACACGCUGGCGGUGGUGGCCUUGACCGACAUCCGCGCCUCCACGCGCUACCUGAACACUUGCUACGGCGCGCUCGUGCAGUCCGCAUCCGUCCAGACACAUGCUGAGGUGUACUUCCAGCUGAUUCCGCUGACAAAGCACUCGUACAGCCCGGAUGGCAAGCCGCUUGUGGGCGGCUUGGAACCAGGUGCCAUCAAGCCGCAGCUGGGCGCCUUCGGUAAAGUUUGGCUGCACCCGGACGACGUGCCCAUCGCGUACUCGCGCGAGAGCAGCGGGCCGCGGCAAGGGCAAGGCGCCAGCAAGCAGGGCAGCCGGCGGUACAGCAGCCGCGGGUCGCAUGACUCGACGGCGCCUGGGCAUGGACGCCACCAAGCGGGAUCCGUGAUCAGUGAGCUCGGAGGCGCGGCGCGCACCACCGCACACGCCUGCUACCCGUUCGUGCCCGUGCUUAAGGUCCGGGCGGUGUCUGCGACAGCGAUGAAGCAGGUGCCCUACGAGCCAGCGGUGCCCGGCACCAUGACCAGCCACCAGACGAUCGGCGCGCACAGCGUCAUGGCCUGGUUUUCGCCAUGGCAGGCGAAGCUGAUUAUGGCGAUGGUGGACCAGGUCCUGACGCAUCCAGUGGUGAACGUCCUCCGGCAAGCGGAGCAGCAGGCCAACGAGCAGCAGCCAGCAGCCGCUGCAGUACCAGCAGCAGCAUCCACGGCGGCAUCGGCAGCGACACCCGGAGCGACUGUCACCGGUAUGGGCAUCAGCUCGCAUCCCAGUAUCGCAGCGUCAACCAUGGGCGGCUCUGACGCAGCGGCACACGACUCAUCGCUCUGCACACCCGCGGGCGGUUCUCGGGUGUCGCUGCUGGUGUCGGUGCCGCUGCUGAUGGUGAACUGCUACGUGGAGCUGCCCACGUCCUUGUCACGGCCUGAUGAGCUCUACACCAGCAUGAUGGCGAUGCAGCAGUCCGGGGCGGAAAUUCAGGCGGCGGCAUGGGUAACCGCCAGCCGCCAGCAGGCCAACGUGCUCGGAGACUGGGCUAAGCAGGCGGACACGGACCCCGUCAUGCGCUGGGGCUUGCGCAUUACGCCCUUCGUCACCUUGACCAUCAGCAACAUGCGUGCCGGGCUGCGGCUCACGCGCAGCAACCACGUGCACGCUCAGUUGAUCACCACCGGCACGUUGUUGUCAGACCACCAGGCGCGCUUCAAGCGGCAGCUGUACGACCAGGUCUGGCUGCCGAACACGGGCCACGCAGCGAAGGGCCCCGGCAGCAACGGCGUGCCUCGCGUGCUGCUGCCGGAGGACGGCAGCUCGCAGCUGCUGGGACCACUGGCAGCGCGGGCGGAGGCAGUGCGGGUCUUCGCGCGGGACCGCCGCAGGGCGGCAAUGGGGCUGGGCCUGCACCUGCUGCAGUCAAAGGACGAGCGGCGUGGGCAGGCACGCCAGCAGUGGCGGCGGCUUCUGGAGGUGCAGCAGCUGCAGCGGUCCAGCGACUACGCCAUGUUCCUGCUGUCAAACACGCACCACGCAGCGGUUCGGCUGAUGGUGACGGACGAGCUGGAGCCGCUGGACUGCUACCGCAUGCUGAUGGACGGCUACCGGGAGGCGCAGAAGCGCGAGGAGGAUGACGAGCAUGAUGGCGCAUAUGUUUCCUCAAUCCUGACGCCGCGGGAGUCAGGCCCCACGCUGUCUUUCAGCGUGUCGCCGGUGCAGCGCCCGCCUAGCCUCAGCGGCAGCAGAGGGCUGAGCCGCGGUCUCUUGCAGGCUUCCUUGCACGUGCGCAGCCGCAGCGUCGCUCCAAGCGGCCGCAGGGCUGGCGAGGUCGGCGAGGGCGCGGCCGCAGGGCUGGCGAGGUCUGUGGUGCUGCAGCCGCACCGCAAGACUGCAUCCAUGGUCCAGGUGCUGAGCAGCGUCAACAACACGAGCCUCUUCACCAUGAUGGCCAUGCAGCGCAAGGGGAUGACCAGCCACAGCGGUGCCGGCUUGGGCGGGCUCAGCCGCAAGAGCAUGGGGCGGAUUCCGGAGGACGGCCGCUUCACUACGCCUACUCCAAGCGUGCCAGACUCUGCCUCGGUGGACGGCGUGCUUGGAAACGGCCACGCACCGGCAGGGCUCCAUCGCACGGGCUCAGUCUGGCCUGACACGGCACGGCCCGCGAGGGGCCAGGGCUCAAGCGGCGGCAGCUUCGUGCGCUCGGCGGCCGCGAGCAUUGGCGCGGACAUGGACACGCAGCAUCAGGCCCGCCGCGACGUGGGCGAUCCCCGCAUUGCGCCCCAUAAAGACAGCCACGUCAUGCACAGCGCUUUUACUACCGCAAAUGCGGAGAGUCACGCGGCUGCUGCUGCAGCAGCGAGCGGCUCCGCUGCUCAGCCGGCUGGCGCAAGCCUUGGUGGGGACCAGGGAGGCAGCCAGGGGCAGCUGCCGGCUUCUCCAAUCCUGGAUUCUGCGGAGCGAAAGCUGAGCUUCGUGUCGGCGUUCCGCCACAUGGGCAGGGUUGCGGUUUUCAAGCAGGAGCCCUCGUACGUGCACUCCAUGCCGUUCGUGGACCCCAGCCUGCAGCUGCUCAUGUCCCAGAUGCCCGACACCAGCGCGGAUGGACCGGCGACCCAUGCGCGUGCGAAGACACAGCAUGUGGCCAUGCACGUGGGCGUCCACUCCAUCGGCACGGCGCUUCACUUGGCAGUGCAGCUGCAGCAGGCGUUCACAAGCCACGCCAAGCGCCCGUACGUGGUCGCGAAGCCGCCCGCGCCCCCGCCCCUACCCGCCAAGCCGCAUUCAUUCGAGGCUCAGUUUUACGUGUGCAACUUCGACCUGAAGCUCGUAAUGGAGGAGAAGCCUCGGUUAUUCAACGCCAAAUCCGCGCCGCAACGGCCCGGGCUCACGCAGCUGCUGUACCUCAACCUCCAGCACAUCAAGGGAGUCGCGAAGCCAGCACAGGAUGCGUCAGACUCGGAGCAGGCUGGCGGCUUGUCCGCCAGGAUUGACAUCUCCAGCCUGCGCGUGCUGGACCUGCAGGGCUGCGCUGAGCACCGCAACGUGCUGGUGGCGAACCGCCGUGUACAGCAGCCGGUGACGGCGGCUGAAGCCUCAUCGCCCGGAGGCGCGGACAUGCCGAUACCACCUAUUGCGCCAAUGCACUCGCGCGGCAGCAUGGUUCCCCCGGUGCUGGCUGUCGCCCCGCAGAGCCUGCCGCGCUCGUGUCGCGUGGUGGUGGUGUACCAGACGUCACCGGACCCGAGCGUGCCGGCGCACGUGGUCAUCAGCGUGCACGACCCAUGCAUCACCUUCCUCCGCAAGUUCAUCAACAACAUCAUGUACGCGGUGGGGGCCAUCGUGAAGGCGCAUGCGUAUGCGCUAAAGGCUGCCGCAGCGGGUGCGGCUUCUCCCGGCACAGCGGCUGGCCAUGCGGAGGCGGCCCCCGCUGUGCAGCCGGCAGGGGCUGCAGCUGGUGCUAGCAGCAGUGCAGCUGCACCGACGCCGGCGCUGCCGCCCGUCAUUAUGCUCAAGUUCACAAAUGUGGGCAUCAUCAUGCCGGCUGGCUCGGCUGGCCGCAAGCUUGCCAUCAAGCGGGCAAUCUACGAGGAGGCGCUGGCGUUCCAUUUCCGCUCGCUUGCGGUCUGCGUGCCGGGCGACACAUCCGCCCUGAGCAACCUGACGCUGUUGGAUGAGGACGAGGAGGAGGAUGCCUUCAUCAACGCCGCCCACGGCGACCACGACGUGGCAUGGAUGACCACCGAGCCGGAGAUCGACCGGCUAAUCUACUCGAGCUUGGAGCUGGGCCAGAGCCAUUUCCCGCAAGUGGGCCAGGAGCCGGUGGCAAAGCCAGACCCAGGGGCUGCGGCAGGCGGCGGCCGUGCCGCUUCAGGCGCCCAGGUGCCGCAAGACGCCGCGCCAGGCGACGUGGUGGAGACCGGAGAGCGCCUGGGCAAGUUGCAGCGGCACCUGAAGGCGGCCAAGGCCAACAUUCUGGAGCCCUUGAAGGAGAUUUUCCAGGAGGCAAAUCAGAAGCGCACGCGGCAACGAGGCGAGCAGGGACUGGUGCUGAUUGAGGAGGGGCCUUUGCGGGGCCCGGUGAAAACCGCUCUACCAGGAUACAUCAACAUCCCGGAGCACGACGAGCGCACGCUGUCUUCCGCUGCCGCUAUGCACCACACGACUACCACCGUCCGGCCAUCCCCUGCGGCAGCUGCACCUCCGGCGCCUGCUGCUGCUGGCGCCGAUGCACCUGCGCCAGCUCCAUCCUACGAGGCAGCAUCCGGGUCCGGGUACGAGCACAUGGCGGACGCGGACGACCCCCUGCAGCCCAGCUUCCACGGCAUCUCCCGCGUCAACCGCCCGACCGCGCUGUUCGGCGCCUGUGAUCUCGCGGCCUACAGCUGCAAGCUCGUGCCGUUCGACAGCCCCGACCGCGGCAAGGAGCGGCGGCUACAUGCCCACGGAUCCGUCGCAAGCGUUGCAUUUUCCAAGCUCCAAGAGGAGCUGCAGAACAAGGCGAGGCGGAGCUCCACCGCAACGUACUCUCAGCAGCAGCCAAUGGACCGUAAGCGGCAGCCAAUCCACAUCAUGGAGGGCAUCACCCACCGUGACCGCGUGGCCAGUGGAGAUGACGCGGCGGUGGAUGCGGCGCUGACGGUUCUGGCGGACGUGGAGCUGCAGGACCUGCAGCUGCUCAUUGACCCCAUGCCCAUCGACGGCGUCAUUUUCACCCACCGCGAACACAACGCCACACAGAUGCACUUCUCGGUGCCCGACGUCAUGCUGGCCACCCUGGGCCCCGCGCGCUAUGCGCGGAUGAUGAAGGUGUUCACUGACAACGUGGUGGAGGCACGGAGCUGCUUCGAGGCCGGCAUGACCAGCACCGACAGCGCCGCCAACUGGAACACGCGCUUCGACCCGCACAUGAACUUCGGCCCCAGUCAGGGCGACCUGCCCUCGUUCCAGCUGACGGUGGAGUGGCCGGAGCAGCUGCAGGCGGCGCUGAUGAACGACCCGGCCUGGUGGUGCGACUUGCAGCCGGGCACGCGCCCGCCUGAGCCAUGCCUGCAGGCGUGCUUCACCAAGUGCAGCCUCGGCCUGGUUAUCAUGCGCAACCACGGCGACAUGUUCCUGGCCUUCCAGAGCCAGAGGCUGCAUAUUGCGGACCCUCGGGUGCACAACCGCCUCGCGCAAGCCAUGGACGCCGCCGCCGAUGAGGACAGCCCGGUGAAGGGCUCAGCGCUGAUGCCGGACGAGCUGUCGGAGGAGCCGCAGCGGAGCGAGGGCGUCCGGAAAUCAGCCUACGAUGAGGAUGAUGAGGAGGAUGACUACUACACGGAGGACCAGAGCGACGGCACAGAGGCGGACGGCCAGGUCAACGGCCUGGCGCACCUGGACAACGCAAGCACGGAAACGCCUGAGGGCAUCAACGUGCAGCCGGUGGUGGACGACCAGCAGCAGAGCUUCCCGGACAAGUACGCGGUGGUGACGCUGCUGCGGAGCGGCGUUGACCUGCCGCCGGACGAGGCCGUGCACCUGGGCUGCCACCCCGAGUCGACGCAGCCUGGCGAGGCGCCGCAGGACGGCGUGCACAACUGCAUGCGCGUCUCCUUCGCCAUGCUGCACUGCGGCACCAUGGCCAACGAAAUUGAGUUCUGCCACACGCUGGUUCAGUGGCCCUACCUCACCGAGUUCUCGCUCAUCUCCGCCAUCAUCUCCAUCUUCCUGCCCAGCUGGGGCCACCCCGCCGCCGGCCCCGAGGCGGGCCUGCGGCUGAUGGCGCUGCCGUGGAUGUACUUCAACCUGGUCAUGCGCGACAGCCAGCUGUUCAUCCCGGUGCUGUCGCCGCGGCUGAAGUACUUGGAGUUUGGCUGGCGCGCGGCCUCCGCGGAUGAGGAGGUGCUGCUGACAGCUGAGAAGCUGCAGGAGCUCUUUGCUAGCGCCGCGGCCGACGACGUGACCUGGCGGCGCGAGCCGGGCCGCAUGAGCCGACAGCCAUCGCCGGGGCAGCCCAUGCGCGCGCGGGGAAACACCGACGGUGGGGGCGGCGGCGGCGGUGGCGGCGCCGGCGGUGAUUACGCGCUGCAGCAGUACACGCUGUCGCAGGGCAUCACUUGGGGCGGCUCCAUGCGGCGGAUUGUUCAUGAGGAUGAGGAGCUGCCGCGGCUGGAGGAGAUGGGGCUGGUGCUGACCAUGUCUGCCCUGCGUGUGGGGUCCUUCGCGGGCGGAGACGGCGACAGCAUCCUGAAGGUGGACCUGCGCAACGCGGCCGGCUUCGUGCGGCACAAGGCCGCGCAGGUGAACAACUGGCUGCUUCCCAUCAAGAGCAUGACUAUGGAGUACAGCUGCUCCAUGCCGCUCGCGGACGAGUCCAAGGUGCUGCAAAAGUACAUCACGAUCGCCCGCGCGCUGGCGUUCCGGAUCAAGACGCGCCGGAAGGCGGCCGCCAAGAAGCGCGCUGACCCGCCCGCCGACGCGCCCGCCACGGGGUCAAGCCAGCCCGCACAGCGGCCAUCCAUAGGCGGCGCUUUGCCGACCGUCACCGGCGACAGUGGCGGCGGCGGCGGCGGCGAUGAUGCGUCCAUGCGGUCGCGCGCCUUUCGCCCCACCGACAGCAAUAAGCAGCCACUGGACCUGCUCAUUGAGCAAGCAACCUCACGCGCUAUGACGCUGCUGGAGCAGCACCGGUUGCCGCUGCCAAGUGACGCCAACACGCAGCUCGCGCGGGAAAACCUGCUGUCGCGCCGGACCGCCGUCACCACGCUGACCGUGACGCUGGACACCGCCGUCGUGCGCGCCUCGUUUUCCAACAUCCCGCUAUGGCAUGCGUUGAUGGACGACAUGGGCAUUGCCACCGGGCUCAUGACGCGGAACAAGGGCCUCUUCGCACCCGCACCGGUCAUUGUGUGGGCGCGGGAGAACGAGCCAAAGUUCCUGGCAGUGGCGCGGAAGACCAUGGGUCACAAGCAGCCCGGUAUAGCUGCCUCGAGCGACGCAAUUGCGCAGGAGAAGGCUUCGUGGAACUUCCGGCCCAGCACCAUGGCCGUGGACGUGCGCGUCAAGUCGCUGGCGGUGGUGCUGUGCGACGACAAGCCCAAGUCCUACGGCGCGCCCGAUGUGCUGACGGCGGCCAUUGAGCGGCUGGGCGUGCAGUACAGCCUGGACAAGCGCUACUUCGACCACCUGCCGGAGCAGACCGGCUCCAUAUCGCUCAUGCUGUCGGCGCAAUUCCUCAACAACUCCACCGGCCGCUGGGAGCACCUGCUGGAGCCCUGGCCAGCAGAGCUGCACCUGAGCGACCCCAUCAACCCCAUCUUCAAGUCCAGCCGCACGAAGUACGUGUUUGUGCAGUCCAACGAGCUGCUCAAGCUCAACUUCCACCCCUCAUCGCUGCUGACCAUCGGCGACAUGCUGGCCUUCACGCGGAAGCUGUCUGACCGCUCGCCGGCCGCCUCCGCGGCAGCCAUCGGCCGCGUGGACACCAACGCACCGAACGCCGAGAACCCACCUUCUGCGACCGAGCAGCUGGCGCUCCGCGGCUCCAUCAUGUCGCGCGUGCCGCAGCGGUACCUGAUCCAGAACAUGACCGGCAUGAUGAUGUCGUACUGGGCGCCGGCGCAGGAGGUUGAUGCCCGCCUGGUGGCGGCGUUGCAGGUGUCCAGCGCCAGGAAGCUGCUGCCGCCGGGCUGCAGCGAGGAGCUGCAAGUCACGCCCACGGCCAAGGAGGUGAAGAUUGUGGGGCCGGGCGGCGUGGUUGUGACGCGGCUGCAGGCGCAGGUGAUCACGCUCAAGUUUGAGGGCACCUGGAUGCCCAUCUCAGACGUGUCCAUUGACGUGGUGGGGAAGUACUGCUACGACCUACACUCGCCGCACGACGAGCGCCGCGCGCCCGUGAUCGUGGACGUGGUCCUGGUGGGCCGCACCAAGAUCCUCAAGAUCCACUCGGCGCUGUACGUGCAGAACAGCACGCACCUGCGCAUCGGCUUCCGACUGCACUUCCCCUCCGCGCUGCUGGCGCGCCAGAUCAUGCUGGGGCCGGGCGACGUGCAGCUGCCCGGCGAGCAGGACAUCCGGCUGCGGCCACUCAAGCCCGGAGAGGGGCGCUACCUACCUGUGCUGGCGGCGCUGGGCGGCACGCUGUACCUGGAGCCGCGCGGCUACAUGCCGCCGGAACACGACGUCAUCCGGCUCUACCCGUUGGUCACGGACAUGCCCUCGCAGUCCGGCUUCAUCGCCUCCGGCCUGCCCAUCGACGCCACCAAGGCGCUGUACGGCACCUCGCCGCUGUACUUCGCUGCCAAGGUCAAGGUCAAGUCGCGCACCGAGUACUCGUACACCACCUUCUACACCAUGGAGGUGCCCGGCCCAGGCGAGUUUGCCCGCGCCACGCGGCCGCUGGAGGCGUCCAUCAAGAUCACGCCCACCGCCGUGGUCACCAACUCGCUGCCCUACUACAUGGAGGGCUACCUACUCACCGUGGCCCCGCCCGGCCGCGACCCGGACAUUGCCACCAGCGCGCCUGUGGGCGUGGCGCCGGUGGUCUCCAUGGCCCCGGGAACAUCAGACGGGGCCGUGUCGGUCGGUGGCGCCAUGAGCCCGUUGCCGACACUGGGGAUGGACGUGUCGCGGAAGCUGGGCGGGCGGCUGCAGCUGCCGCUGCGCCGUAGCGAGGUGGCCUCGGGCAAGGUGCUGGAGUCGGAUCGCGACCGCAUUAUCGCGGAGAUGCAGCAGCUGGUGCACAUGCUCAAGGGGCCCAAGGCCAGGAUCCCGGCCCUGCACGGGAUGACCUCGGACGAGCAGAAGUGCUGCUUGCUGGCGCUGCUGCGGUACGAGCUGCGCUGGACAGCGCGGCGCAGCAACAAGGAGACGGAGCUGCUCUUACGCACGGACAGCGAGCCUGCCAACAAGAUCGCCUGGCAAGACCUGAGCAACUUCAUCGAGUGGGCCAAGCACAACGUGCGGCGGGUGCAGGUCAAGCCGGGCAGCACGCAGCACUUCUACGUGGACAUGUACAAGCAGGCGAUCCUCUGCGUCAAGGUGCCCGAGCUCAAGCUGGUCUGCACCAGACCGGUGGAGAUGAACUUUGGCUCACUGUCGAGGCCAAGCAGCCGCGAGGCGGAGCAGCUGCCGGACUUCAUGCGGUUGGUGCGCACGGAGCAGGAGGAGCGCUUCCAUGACGUGAUGCUGUCGCUGCAAAAGCGGAACCAGAUGGAGCCGCAAAAGCCGCUGUUGCAGGCUGUCAUACAGCAGGCGCGCGACAAGGCGGUUGACAUUGGCGGCAAGGUUGGCAACACCAUGCGGGAUGCGACGCGCGCGCUUGAAAACCUGACCAUGCCCACCGUCAACAAGACGAGUGAGCCGCCCCCUCCGCAACCCGACCUCAACACCGAGUCGGCACAGUUCUGGCAGGCGAACCCAGGCCAACUCGUGCGCCUGUCAUUGUCUGUAGAGCCUGGCCCGUACCCUGAGAGCGGUGCCCCAGCAGCGGGUUUCAGCACCGCCGCGAGCGGCGCGCCUCGCGCCUCAACUGAGCAGGACAGCAAGGCGGGGCCCAGCACAGGCAACAGCGGUCACGGCGCAGCGCGGCUCUGGCAGUCGGUGGUCGCGGCUGUGGCCGCUCAGCCUGCAGCCUUAAUGACCCCGGCCGCAGGGGCACCAUCUGCUUCCACGCAGCAGGCUGGCUGCGAACCUGACGAGAACGCACCCACGGUCGCCAUCGAGCUGAGCGCCUCAUCAGAGGGCGGCGACGGACCUGGUCUCGGGGCUGGGGCAGUGCCGCCGCUGCCGGACGUGGAGGCGGCGGCUGCUCCGGCAGCGACUGGCACACCGUUCGGCGCCGCGGCAGCUAUGGCAGCUGGCGGCGGCGUGGUGGAGAUGGGGCCCUUCAACAUGGAGACCAUCAACUUCCGCAGUUCAGCAUUCGCAUCGGCUGUUGAGGUGGCAGAGGCUGCGAUGACGGGCAGCGUGGUCCUGCCGCCGCUGCCGCCGCCUGGGCACCCCCCGGCAGCGGACACCAGGGUCGGUGAGGCGUCUGGUGUGGGCACAAGUGCGCACGCGCCGUCAACAGCGGACACUGGCACGCCGCGGUCCCUGCUGGCGCGCCUGAAGAUGCCGGCCUGGCUUUCCAAGAUGGGCAAGUCUGGUGGCGGUGCGCCUGCGGAGGGCGCGAGCCGGAUGGCCUCGGAUAUGGCGAUGAAGUCACCAACAGCUGCGCGCGAGCAGUCUGUGGCCGGCGCUGCGCCCGCUGCUGUCAUUGGCGACGCCUCUGUCAGGUCAGCUGCAGGAGGCGCGGCCCCGACUGUCCAGCUGCCAGCUGCCUGGACAGGCACUCCAGCAGCUCAAGUGGCAGCGCCUGGGUCGGUGCCGGUGCCUCCGCAGCCUGCUGAUGAGCAGCACGUUCGGAUCCGGCUUCACUUCCGGCCGGCCGUCACGCCGCCGCCUGUUCAAGCUCCUUUUGUCUUCCGCAUCACCAAGCGGCUGCAGACGGCGCUGUUCAACUACAUGGCGCCAAGCGCGCUCAAGGACGAGGGCGACAGGAGCUCUGUGGGCAGCCAGCUGCCGCUUGCACCCGUGUUCUCAUCAGUGACAGCUUCACAAACCGGCGACGUGCCGCUCUCGUCCUGGCAGCCACGCCACAAACUGGUUCGCGUACGCCUAAAGGUCAUGUCCGCUCCAGACGGCGACGCGCAGCAGGAGUAUGUACGUGUGCGCAUCAAGGUCAAUCCACACGUACCCGCGGAUCUUGACGGCUCGCCGCAUACCGUCGCAUCGCAGCGCAGCUUGCACGGUGGUGGCGGCAGCAGCAACACGUCGGACGGCAAGAAGGCGCGCCUGAUGGCGGCCCGGCGCAGGCGCUCGAGUGCUCUUGGUGGCCCAGCCGCAUGGGUCCGCUCGCAUCUGCGGGCGCCGCGCGCUUUGAUGGGCAGCGGCCAGGGCGAGGCCGCGCUGCGCAACAUGACCAGUGAGAGCGGCAUCGGGGACGCGCCCGACGCGGCGCUGCCCUCGCCUCGUGCCAGCGUCGCAGCAGCGCGCUCCACGUUAAGGCCGCGUAGAACGCGCGCAUCCAGGAGCUUUGACGGCUCGGGCAUGCUGUCGGACAUGUCGUCCGCACCGCUCCCGCCUAUGGAGCUGCCGGUGGAGCUGCCCUCGCCGCGAUCGGGCCGCCGGAGCCACCCGCUGACGCCUUCGGCCACAGUACCAGUUCCCCUGGAGCUCGGAGGUAGUCUGGAGCACGGUGUCGUCAUCGGGGGCGCUGAGGCGGAAACGCACCAUCUGGAGGCGGUGCAGGAGGGCGGCUCCACUGCAGAAUCAAGCACCGGCUCCACCGCAGCCGCGCGCGCUGCGGCAUAUGCUCAUGGCUUCUCGGCAUUUGGGCUGUACACACACCCGCCCAAUGCCAACGCGGCAACACCGCAGGCCUCGGGAUCCGCCGCCAGAGUCCUCGGGGCCUCACCCGCUCCUGUCACACCUGCUCGGCCACGCGCGGCCAGCACCCACGAGCACCCGCCUCCGUCGGCUGCGUCCGCUGCUGCCGCUUCGGAGGUCACACCUGGCACGGUGGUUGUGGUGCACAGCGGUGCGAACAGCCCGAUCAGUAUGCCUAGCGCCUCGCCUGGCCCGCGGACCGCCGCUUGGCAGGCACGACACAGCCGCACGCCCACUGCGGGCGCCGCAGCGCACCUGCAAUCAGAGGCAGAGGCAGCCGGCUUGCCGCCGUCGCCUCCCGCUCCUGUCCUUGGCAGCCAGCCUUCGGAGGCUCCUGCGCAGCAGCACCACAGUGGCUCACUACCGCUGCCGGCUGAUGCACCAAAAGCUGCUGCUGGCGACGCAGCGGCCGUGAAGUCGUACACGGUCUGGUCAGAGAACCCCGCCUACCUGCGCGGCAGCGGGCAGUCCACGGUGUCCAGCACAUCAGAGCUCCCCACGCGCCGGAACCCCAGCGAGAUUCGGCCCUCGCACGAGGCCAGGGUCACAGCCGCCCAGCUUGGCACGCCGCUCAGCGACACGCCGGAGGUUGACUCGGUCGACGAGGCUGGAUCGGCCCAGCCAAGCGCUCGUACCUUGUCGCUUCAUGGCGACGGCUCAGGAGCUGGGGCGGUCGGCCAUCACCAGCCACCCUUGGCACAUGCGGGGACGCCGGCGGCCGCCGCGGCGAUGGCCCGCGCACCAAGCCGCAUAGGCAGCCUGCCCCGCGCCAGUCGCUAUUCAAGCGCAGCGGUGAGCCCUGAGGGCUCAGAGCUGGAGCACAGCUCAGGCAUGCAUGGCGGCAGCCGCGCAUCCUCCUCCUCCGUUAUUGUCCCUGGUGGCCCGCGCGGUGGCUACCCGCUGCCUUCGCCGUCUUCACAGCCGCUGUCCACAGCAGCAGCAAGCGUCCUGAGCCGCUCUGGAACGCUGACGCGAAGCGCCACGCUCCGCCGUCGCUCUGGUGUGUCAGCACACUCGGUGCGCAUGGUACCACGCGGUGCGAAGGUGGGCUCUGCCGACUUCGACCCUUUCAGGCGCAUGUCCACUGCAUCGCACAGCAGCGGUGGCGGCCUUGUCUUGCGCCCUGGUGGUUUGAGCGCCGCCGGCUCAGCCUCUAGCCGACAGCUUGGCCGUCGCACCACAUGGCAAGCGGGGUCAUUCAACGACAUGCUGCAAUCGGGCGGCGCAGAAGAGGCGCUUGCAGGAGGCGACAGCGCUGACAGACCACGGCGGCUAUCUCUAGGCACCAGCGGCAGCAUGCGCCGGCAACAGGUGCAGGGCGGCUCGCGUAACCAGCUGCCGGCUAUUCGUGAGGCGCUUACGCCCAUGCACUCAAUUGACGCUGAGAAUCUGGCCGCGCGGGCCAGCAUUUCCGGAGGCGGCGGGGCGGCUGCAGGCGGCGGGGCUAUGGCCUUGACGCCGCGGCCUUUCGCUACAACAAGUGCUGCAGCAGCUUCGGACACGGUUGGCAUUGACGUGUUCGUUACAAAGCACAUGUCCAUGAUGCAGCGGCACGGCGUCGGACGUGGCGCAGGCCUUGACAUCCUUUCGACCGGCUCAGAAUCCUCCUUAACGGCAGCAGCUCGGUCGCCGGCGCAGCCUGUGCCGCUAGCUGGCAACAGCAGCAGGCGUAGCAAGCUUGCAGCCCGCAUUAGCGAGCGCUUCAGCUCCGCUCCACGGCCACGGAUGCACCUGCAGAGGCGCAGCUCCACCCUGGACCGCGGCUCCAUCACGCAAGGCGGCGCACAGCGUCAAAGCUCCUCCGAGCUGCAAGUCUCUGUCCUCAGCGGCCGUUUCAGCAAGCGCACCAGCUCCCAGCCUAGCUACCGGCAGCUGCGCUCACCCAACGACGAGCCCAAGUCGCCGCGGGCUGGCCAGGGGGCGCUGCAGAUGGCCAAGUCGGCUAUCCAGGCGGUGCCGCGCCUGCCCAGCCUAACGCGCAAAGUUGGCGCGCACAUCGUAGACAGCGGCACGGAUGUGGUGUCCAAAGUCGGAGGCGCUAUCGGGCGCGGCGGCCAGACGGUGCUGGCGGGUGGCAGCCAGGUUGUGAAUAGGGUGGGCGGCGCUCUCGUCACCGGCGGCCACUCGGUGUUUCAAGGCGGCUCCGUGGUGGCGAACAAGGUGGCAGACAGCAUUGUCACCGGCGGGCAGAUGGUCAAGGACAACGUGGUGGAGGGGGCGGAGCUGGUGGUUUCUGUGGCGAAGCCCAAGAUCAAGCACAGCCUCAGGACUAUCGCGUGGCAGAUGACGGAGGCAAUGCGCAAGCGAAAGCAGGGCGACAAGCCGGACCUGCCGCAGUUCAAGGACGUGGAGGUCAGGUCGCCGCGCAGCGGCAAGAAGAAGAAGGGCGGCGAGCUGACGCCCAAGGUGCUGCUGCUCAGCCUGCACAACAGCCUGGCGGCCAAGGAAGAUGACCACGUGUGCCGCGUGUCCCUGUUCGCGCCGUUCUGGAUCGACAACCGCACCGGCUUCGACCUGAUCUUCAAGGACCUGGACGCGCCGUCCUACAUCGACCGCCUGCCCUUUCUCCUGUGGCACGCCGUCCGCGCCCCGGGACACAAGGAGGAUGCCACCACGCAAGACUUGAUGACGGAAUCGGGCCCUGGCACGGGCGCGGGCGGCCCGCGCACGCCGCGCAACGCGCACUCGGCAUCCGGAAACCCGCCCAACUCUACGGCGGGGCAGCGGCGGGGCAGCUUGCCACGCCAGAUCUCUCGCCGCUUGCUGACACACCCAAGCCAGCGCCCGGCACUGUUGAAUGACCAGCCCCGCGCGCAGUUCAAGGUGGAUGACGGCACGUCGAGGACUGACUUCAGUACGCCGUUCAAGGUGGCGACGACCAGCCAGAAGUACUCGGUCGAGAUCAAGGCGGAAGAGCACGUCAUGCUGGCGGAGGACCAUGAGGCGCUGAUGCGGGCGGCGUCGGAGAUGGAGGCCGCAUCGAGCCGGCGGCGCGGCGACCCGCGAAAUGAGUAUCCACGGAAUAGCAGCAUUGCAUCGCAGCAACAGGCAGACAGGUCGCAACACGCUGCAGAGGAGCCCCCGGCGCCGGCGAAUGCGAGCUUGCUUGCGGGCGUGUCGCAGCGGAUGUUGACGCUGCGGCCCCCGGCGCUGGAACUCUCGCAGUCCGCACAAUCACCAAAUCCGCCGGCGCUGCCGCCCUCGGCUGGUGGCGUCGUCCAGAUGCCCGACAUGCCGAUGCUUCUCUCGCCGGAGGAGGGUCAGGGCGAGCACCAUGUGCCGGCCGUGGGUGAGGCCCUGGAGCAAGUGCCGGAGGACGCGGCCGGCGAAGCAUCUGUAACGCCGGUGUACCCAGGAGUCUCCUUUGACGCAGCUCAGACGGCCGCGGCUGGGGAUGGCGCCGCAGCCGCUGAGCCGGGCCGCCAGGUUGCCCGUGCCUCCUCCCAGGUGGUGCGCUCAACCGCCAAGAAGGUGCAGAUCCAGGAGGUCAACUCCGCACCACUGCCGGCACUGGGAGCGCUCUCGAAGAAGUCCCACAGCGCCAUCGGCGCCACCAUAUCACGCUUCGGCCGCGAGGGUGGCACAUCGAUGCUGGCGGCGGCUCCCUCCGUGCCGGGGCCAAUUGACCUCAGCGAAAUCACGCCGGCGAUCGAGGCGGAGGAGUCUGCGUAUGCAGCUGCGACGGGGGCGGCUUACAGCCCUCGCAACAAGGAGCCGAUGCCGCUGUCUGACAUUCCGGAGAUUGAGGUGGAGGACGAGGCCGUCCGCAUGUCAGUUGCGCGUGUCCAGCCCGGAGGCCCGCCGCAGUCCAGCGGGCAGGUGCCGCUGCCGCCCAUGCCGAGCGUGGGCGUCAGUGAGAUGUCAGGUGCAGGGACGGUGGUGGUGCGCGAGCGCGACAUCUCCCCCUCGCGCACGGCUGUCAGCGGCGACCUGCCACAGGUUUCGGCGCCGUCGCCGUCGGGUGCUGAGCGCCGCCGCAAAAAGCGCUUUGGCACGCGCAAGACAUCCGUCAUGAAGGCGGCUGAUGAACCGCCCAAGGAGGGGGCCUGCGCGCCGGUGGCCGACUGGAUCGAGAGGCAGAAGCGCAAGACGGUGGUGGUGCGGCGCAUGUUCCAGUUCGCGGUGGAGGUAUGGCCAGCGCCCAACAACACGGUGUUCAACCGCACCAAGGUCAUAACCGUCAAGAACAAAUAUCUCAUCCUCAACGCCACGGGACUGGAGAUUGAGUACAAGCAGAAGGGCACGCCCGACCCCGCGCUGACGGUGUACGGCACGGGCACGCGCUUCUCCAACCGCCUUACGAACAACUGGCGGGCGGCCUGGCAUUGGGACAACGCGUACGCUGACCAGGAGCUCAUGAUACGGCCUGCCGGUGACGACUGGGAGUGGUCCGGGAGUUUCAAGCUGCCUGAGAGCGAGGACUACUUUGGCCUGCGCAUCCGGCACCGCCAGCGGCGCGAGUAUGUCAUCAUCCCCGUCAACAUCACCGUGGGCGCCGCGGGCUCAGUGCUGGUCACCUUCAAGAGCAAGGAGUCGGUGCCGCCGUACAUGGUCGUCAACCGCUGCCGCGAUGUGGUGAUCCGGCUCAAGCAGCUGGAGUGGGGCAAUCCCAACUCAGCGCAGAACUGGGACGUCAUCCCGCCCAACGCCAACGCGCCCAUGCCCUUCGCCUGGGACGAGCCGCAGCUGAAGCACGUGGUGCAGGUGGUGGCCUCGGCGCAGCGGGAUGUGCAGCGGGAAACCGACUUGCAGAAGACCGCCAUCGAUGUGGACCUGGACGCAGUGGACGUGGGCAACACCACCAUCUACGUGCAGUCGCGCUCCAUGCAGCCGCAGUUCAUGCCCAUCUCCGCCCGCCUCGACACGCGCGAGAAGCUGAAGUACCUGUCUGACAACGCCAAGAAGGUGUACGUCACUGUGUACGCGGACGGCCCCACGCGCGUGCUGUGCUUCUCGGAGGACCGCUCGGGCGUGUUCAACAUGGACGAUGAGAACAGCCUCAUGAACCUGUCCUACCGCCUGCAGCAGGUGGCUGUUCGCCUCAAAGAGGUGGACCACCGGCUUUCGGUGCAGCUGGGAGGCCAGCCUGACCGCACGGAGCAGGCACCAGACGACGGCUGUGCCGGCCUUGCGGCGAUGACGCCCGAUGGUAGCAAGGCGCAGGUGGCGCACCCGUCCGUCACCGGAGUCUCCAUUUCCACGGCUGUGACUGGCGGGCAGCCUGCCCUCGGCGCGAAGCGCUGGGCCGCACUCAAGAUGGCCAUUGGCGGCACAGCCACCGGCGGGGCGAGCGGCACCACCACUCCGCCGUCGGUGCGGCACACGGGCAUUCCCGGAGCCAGCGGCUUCAGUGCGUUCGCGCCAACAUCAGCCUUGGGGAUGCAGCGCAUGCCCUCACUGCAACACGGCUUUGGCAGCGCGCCUGUCUUCGGUCAGCUGCCUGGCGGCGGGUUGCGCCUGCCGUCCAUACCGGGCGCGGCGAACAGCGCGUGGCGCUCGCAGCACACUCGCAACCCAUCAACCGGCCACGCCCAGGCCGGGCAGCUGUGCCAACCGCCACAGCUGCAGCCAUCGGCGCUGCUGGGGUUGCCGCCGCUGCUGGCGACGGCACAGAAUCUGACUGUGGGCGGCUCGCUGAACCAGCUGCUGGAGGCCCUGCCCACCUUCGGCUCGGACGUGGACGUGCCCAUCGGCGGCGACCUCACCAUCACCAUGCGCUUCGUGGAGGGCCUCACCGCGGGCUUCAACAGCAAUGAGAAGCUGGUGGCUGUGGAGGCCAAGAUGGUGGUGCUGUCCUCGGACCCCAACUACAAGGACAAGCAGGAGAAGCUGCGCGCCACUGUGAGUUGGACCGCUGCGGCCGACCCCAGCGGCCCCGCGGCCGCUGGCGGCGGCGGCCUGGGCGGGCUGCUGGGCGGCGGCGGCGUCAGCUCCUGGGGCACCGGCCGCAUUCAGCUGAACAACCACCAGGAGGUGUUCCGUGACAUCCCUGCAUCGGCGGAGCUGCAGAUUGACUUCUUUAUCGCCAAGGGCACAGAGCAGACCACCGAGGCCACCAGCAGCAGCACCACCAACACCGAGAAGAAGACCACGACUGGCGGCAAGAUCUCUGCAGCGGAUGCGCGCCGCAGCAGCGCCCAGAUCGCUGGCAAGUCUGCUCGCGCUGGCCGCGGCUCGACAGGCUCGCUGGGCAAUGCGGCAGGCGGUGGUGGAGGUGGGGCCAGCCUCGGUACCGUAGGUGCAGGCGGCGGCGGCAUCAACGGCGGUGGUGCGCGCGGACCACAGCCGCUGCGGCCCACGCCGGCGCCAAGGCACCACCACACCGCGCAUAUGUCUUACAGCACGGGGCAGUUCGCGGGCAGCGUGCGCGUGCCGUUGCUGCUGACAUUGGGCCGCGACAAGGAGCAGGAGUGGCUGCUGCCGCUGGAGCGCAAGGCGGGCUGGCAGAUGGUGCGCGGCCAUGUGGCGCUAUCGUUUGACUGGAGCGUGACCAACGAGGGCAUGCUCAUGCGCGAGGUGGCGGCGCUGGAGUACAUCCUGGCGGAGAAGGUGGAGCUGCUGGCGCUGCUCAACCCGCUGCCCUCCACCGAAACCGCCUCCUUCGUGCGCGUGCCGGGCAGCAUGCAGCCGGUGCCGUCGUCAGCUAUUGUGCGCGCCGGCAGCACAGACAGCACCCGGCCGCUCAACCUGGCUGCAGGCGGCGCGGCGAUGGACAGCGUGAUGCCCAGCCUGCCAGUGAACCGCACCACCCGCGCCAUGGCGGAGUCGUACUACGUCAACCUGGACGUGUCGGUGCUGGAGGUGACGGGGCUGCUGCCGCGUGAGGGCUUACGCGCCGGCAUCGCCUCCACGCUGUACGGCCGGCAGAACGCCAACAUGGUGUCCACCGCCAUGCUGCCGUGCGUGUCCGUUGUCAUGACCUGCGCCGGCGAGACGCGGGAGGCGGCGGCGGGCAUCAACUCAGUGCACCCGCGCUUCCCCAAGAACACCAACACCUUCACGAACGUGCCGCUGGGCUCGCGCGUCAAGGUGCAGGUGGUGGACCAGCUCAGCCACAGCUACACCAAGCUGCUGGCGGAGGCAGAGAUGCACGUGUCGGAUGUGCCGGGCACGGACCCGCUGUACGCCUGGCUGGCGCUGCCCCGCAAGAAGCGCAGCUCGCGCUCGCAGCGCAUGCUGGCGCUAAUCAUGAUGAUGGAGGAGGAGGGCGACACCGACAUUAUGCUGCUGGUGCGCAUCAAGAUCCACAAGCCGCAGGUGCACGGCGUCAUGAUGGCCGUCACGCUGGACCUGGCUGGCGCGGGGCUGUGCGCCAAGACCAACCUGGAGGAGCUUUUCAACUUCACGCUGCAGAAGAUCCGCACGUCGCUGGUGCAGACGCGCACAGACCUGCAGGUGACGGCCGCGGUGCAGACCAUCCAGCUGGACAACCAGAUGCUGGAGGCCAACAACCCCGUGGUGCUGUCGCCAGCCGACGGCUCGCAGUCGGGCAGCGUGGCGCACGCGCGGCGGCGGCACAAGGCCCGCCUGCAGCAGAGCGCGGAGACGCCCAACCCCAUCCUGCGCCUCACCACCAACGACACCACGUUGCAGGAGCCGCUGCUGACGUUCCAGGUGACAUACAACCAGGCCAGCAGCAAUCAGGCGCUGGUGAACCCGGAUGGCCAGCGGAACACGGCAGACGGCAGCGCGGGCAUCCUGUCGUUCAAGAAGAUCGUGCUGGAGCUGGGCCCGCUGGACUUCUCGGCGGACCAGGAGUUCAUCGAGGCCAUCAUCGCCUACCUGAACGCCAUGCCGCUGGCGGACGUCUACCAGGACGAGGCGUGGCAGAAGAAGAUCGACGCUAUGCAGGGCGGCGGCAUCACCGCGGCCGCCGGCGCCGAGGAGGCGGCGGCGGACCAGCACCUGAUCCACCGCGACAAGACGGCGGAGGAGGCGCUGGCGUGGCUGGUGCAGAAGGAGGCGGCGGAGCUGGAGCUGCUGCGCGGCCAGAGCUCCAUGUGGUUCUAUUUGGAGGAGUUCUACCUGUCCGACAUCUUCAUCAACGUGACGCUGGCGCUGUCCAGCAGCUUCAACGCAACCGGCGGCGGGGCCGGGGGCAACGCGUCCAUGGCACGGGAGACCGAGCGGCAGCGCAACAUGCUGCGCGGCUUCCUCUCCCGCAUGUCGGGCAGCACCGGCUUCCAGCUGAUCAACGUCACCAACGCGCCCAUCCAGCUGGAGUACGUGGGCUUCCAGAACCGCCUGGUCAACCGCGUGUCGCUGAUCAACACGCUGUGGCGGCACUACUCCUGGAUUGCCAUCGCGCAAGCGCGCAAGGUGCUGGGCGGCGCCGGCCCCGCCAUCGCCGCCAUCCCCGCCUCCAUCAUCUGGGCCAGCCUGGCGCUGGUGGACCUGGGGCAGGACGUGGCGGCCAAGCGCGUGGGGCCGCUGCAGGUGCCCAUGCGCAUCGGCUACGUGAUGUGCACGCUCUCCGGACAGAUCAUUGGUGUGAUGAGCCGCACCAUGUGCACGUUCAUGGGGCUGCUGCCGCCGCGCUUCUCCAUCGACACCGCCCAGUUGUCGGACAGCGAGGCGGCGCGGCGCUUCACCGUCAAGCCGCAGACGGUGGUGGACGCCGCCUACCUGGGCCAGCGCGACAUCCUCAUGGGGCUCAUGGCGGGCGUGUUCGGCUACGUCCACGACGUCGGCGCAGGGAGCCGCUGGCAAGGCGGCAUGGCGCCUUUGGGCGUGACGGUGGGCCUGUUGAAGGCCACGCUGGGUCUGGCGAUGCGCCCCGCCGCCGGCUGUAUCGAGGCCACCAGCAAAUUCAUGCAGGGUAUUGGGCUGCUGUGCCUGGGCAAGCGCGGCAUCCAGGGCAAGCUGGUGCGCCGCGUGCAGGCGCCCGGCGUGGCCAUCACGGACGUGGUGCAGGCGGCGCGGCAGAGCGUGGCGCACGAGGCGUACCAGUCAGCGCUCAUCGCGGCGUGGCAGGUGGCGCUUCCCGCCAUCUCGUCCGCGCUGGCGGGGGACACGGUGAUCGACGUGGUGGCGGCGCGCCCCACGCGCGUGGUGCUGCUCACCAACACCCACCUGGCCUACAUCUACGCACGCCGCCACGCCGCUUCCUCCUCUGGCUCUGGUGCUGGCGCCAGCAGCAGCCGCGCCGACACGGGCGGGCUGUUGGUGACGUACCGCGUCAAGUGGAUCCUGCGCAAUGACCACAUCGACAACAUCCGCGGCCUGGAGCGCGGCUACACCAUCUCGGUGGAGUACCACCAGCCCGUCAAGCUGGGCAAGCUCAGCCUCAAGCUGCCGCUGCGCAAGGGCAUGCGCACGUCCACAGCGGAGGGCCACAAGAACCUCAUCUUCCGGCUCAACCGCCACAUCGGCCACAGCAGCAGCGGCUCGCGCAACUUUGGCUCGCUGGCCGCGGGCACGGCCGCCUCCGCCGGCGCGCCGGUGGAUGUGCAGGACCUCAGCAUCAUGGCGCCCAUGCCGCUGAUCGAGGUGAUACCGAGCGGUGUGGCGCCGCGGGCAGGUGGACAGGGCUCUGCAGCAGCCAGGCCGGUGCCGCUGGGCCUGGGCAGCGUGAGGGCGCUAAACCGCGUCAGCACGACCGGCGGCCCACGCCUGGGGCGAGCUUUUACGCCGUCGCCCAGCAUGCCGCGAAUGAACUGAAUGCAUGAGCGCCGCAGUGGGCCAAAGCAAAAGCUGUUUAAGCAGGACGGCAGUGGCUGGACAUGCGAAUGAGAGCGUGGGGGCAGCUGCUGUCAGGGGCCACUCGCUUGGCCCUGGUUGGGUUUUCAUGGGGAUUGCAUGGGGGUCUUUAGAGCCUACAGCGCACACACCAACCGUGUUGCAAUAUUGCCUAGAAUGUGUACUGCGUCAAUAUCUGUGUGAACGUGUGCGAGCUGUUGUGUGUAUCUAUCUUCACUGGUGUACAUCCAGUUGCGGCGCACCGUCAGGCACUACACUGAGACCAGAGCACGUGUUGGCACUGGUGGCCGUGGUUGGCUGGGAGAUUGAGUGUAGGCAGGAGGCUGCACUUGUAGGGCCGCAGGAAUCAUAGCAAUACAGAAGACAUUACGAGCCCGGGUGAUGCAGAACAGCUGUGAAAGUAGGAAAAGACAUCGGAUCGCAUUCGGAUGACGCAAAAUUUGAUGAUGAGAUCGCCAGUGGUACAGCUCACCCUCGCCGGCGAUGUCACUAUGUACGGCCGACAUAGUUUGCAUGUGUGGCGAGACUGUGAUCGCCGUGUCUGAUCAUGGGUCGCCAAGAGCUCUUCGCAACUGCCAUGAACUGUGGUACCCGGAAGCAUUUGUGGGCGUGCCCACAACGCGUUGAGAGAUGUAAAUCCUGUCAAGG